CAGUUAUCCUCUUCGCCAGUGAGUUCUGUCGCUGGUUUGGAAAGAAACCGCAGUUACUUAAUAAUCACGUAUAAGUAAAAUGUUUUGAUUUUCUAAGACCAACAGUAAAAUGGCAUGUUUUAUGUCAAAAAUAAUUAUGCUUUUUUUAAUAGCAAAUGUUUUUUUUCGAGAGACCGUUUUCAAACUGAUACAACUUUGUAUAUUAUUUUGCAAAGAGCAGCAUACCUUCUAAUACUCUGCAGGCAAAUACUGAAUCAUUAUUCCUUAACCUCGUGUUAAUUGGAGUUUAAUGAAUGCAAUGCUUUCCAUUAGAUUUGCUAUUUUUUCUCUAAGAACGAUCAAGUUCACGUUUCAGAUUUCCUGUCAGUGCAUAUGUGCUACUGAAUGAUUAUUUUAAAACACAGAUGCAGGUCGGCACAAUGCUACUGCAAAUAACUGCAAUUUCAUCUACACAGCGGCGUAAUCGAUGCAUUGCAGAUUUCGUCUUUGUCAGUGAUAAAUAUUUCAUCAUAUUUUAAUAUCGCCUAAACGGAACAAUUUUUAUAAACAACUGAUCUUGUACUUCCCGGUGAAAAACGAAAAUAAAAAGGAAAGGCACCAAGCGCGUUGGGAUAUGCAUUUUAGGUCUAUAUAUUCUGCCAUGUGCAAGACAAAGAAAUUACUUGAAAGCACAAGGCCUCGGUUAUGAUCAUUACAUGGCGCCUAGGCGAGUAAAUUUGUGUUGUUCUUCGAAACAGCGACCUCGGCGGAGUAUAGUGGAAGCGCUGCUCGGUCGGCGGCUCCUGCCUCUGCAGGAAAACUAGACUAAACACAGAAAGCAGACUUGUCCCAUUAUAUUGGCUGUUUAGGCGAGACAAACAGAAGCUUUAAUCUAAGCAAAGCAAGUAAACAAACACAAUGGCACUUUAUUCUGUUCGUCUUGUGAUUUGAGUAGACCAUCCGAUUGGAAUUACUCAAUUUUAAAUCUAUGAAGCUAGGUGAUUGUCGCAGGAUAAAUUCUGUGCUCGUUCAUGAAUGCAGCACUAAAUUUAUAUAUAUAUAUAUUACAUAUUAUAUAUAUAAAACACACACACAUAUAUGCAUAGACUGUAGCUUUGCUACGCGGAGCUAAGUACAGCGGAUUCGCUAUGAGAAUUUAUUUUAGUAGGAAUUGCUUAUACGUGUAAUUUUCCAAAUGCCCAUGUAACUGAAAUUACUGUUAUAAAUAAUCCAUAGAUAUUUAAUUCGAACAAAACAAAUUGCGCAUUUACAAUAUUAAACCAUAUCAUCCUCUUUGUUAGGUUUAUCACUGCAUGGCGUACUGUAGAAGGAUACUUUGCCCGAGUUAAAAACAUUUAUCUUGACUUUUUUUUUCAGCGCAAUACAAAAGGAUGUCUUCGGGAAAAUGUAGGCUGUUGUGCAUUCGAGGCGUGAUGUUAUCCUAAUAUGAUUUCAGAAGCUGCAAACUGUCUUUGGCAUGGUUUAAAAAUUCACAAAGAAAAAGCACAGUCAAGUUUGUGCUGUUCAAAACACCACUGCUGACAGCGGUCAGGCCCUCUUUAAAAGGCAGUUCAGCACAGACCUUUAGCUCAGCGCCUUCCCAUUCAUUUGUGGAGUAUUGUAAUUCGAACGCGUUGGCAAGAAAUCAGAAAUAAUUCUUUAGUUGUUACAUUUUUGAAUAAAGUGUAGAAUGUGGUUUUAUUUAGGUACUAUUAAUGAAGAACAGCCUUUCUCAAUUUAAAUACACUGAAGUAUGUGAGGUCCGUGCGCUUCCUUCCUGUCAUAUUUUCACAAAUAUAAUGGUAACAUUUAAAAAUUACACUUAAAUAUCAUUCGGCUAACACUACGAUUUUUAUUGUUUACUGGUUGCCCGCAAAAUUCUCCCGAGGCUUAUGUGAUUUAUAGGCUUUAUAUAUAAAAAAAAGGAGCCGCAGUAGUUUUGUACUUUCCUUUUUAAUCUCAAAUUAGAAGGGUUGGCUUUGAAAAGCCGGUACAUGUGGUCCAGUUGCACACUUGUAAAUUGAGUAUUUCAUUUCAAACCAAUGAGGAUGAACCAGAAAGCGUUUCAACCUUUCGUAAGCAACCAACAUCCAACAUAACACUUGGUAUUUGAGAUAUUCUUCAGUCAUGACUUUACUGAAACUAAACCCGUGAAUGUGACCACGGGAGCGGCUCGGCCAGAUUUGAAACCUCUCGCGCAGAUGCCUGCAGGAUUUAGUUAGUCUUAUUUUAUGUUUUACAUACAUCUUGUAAAUCUUUGCCAAAUUAUACGCUAUACGCCAAUUAGACUCGAAAAUGAUGAAAGCACUUUGAACACGCUGUCGUCAUUGCACACUGCAAGCCCACAAAUUGGCUUUGCAACUUCACACAGAUGUUAUCUGAACGGAAAUAAAGGCGUCAACGCUUAAAUUUUAUUCUAAACGAUACAGUGAGAAUGCCAGGAAAUUUCACCUAUCGAAUGUGGUGUCUGCCUUGAACCGUUCACUUUUAGCCCAGGAACGCAUCUUAGGCAUAUCACAGAUUGGCUCUCCGAAUAUAGUCUGUGCGGGAGAGCUUCCCGAUUUACUGUCCACAGAAUAUACCAGUGAGUGACUAAAGCAAAAGACAAACCACACGACCCUGAAGAGAAGAACGGUAGAAUUGUCCGGUGUCCCAAGAAAUGUAUUUUGCCUGUAUAUUUGCAUCUGUCAACUAAAAAAGCGUGUUGAAUGCGGAAGUUGGAGUUUGUUAUGAUUUCUUGGAGGUUAAAAAAAACCUUUUUAGAAUGGCUGUGGCUUGCUAACAUGUAGUUUUAUUGCUCAAACUGUUAUAAAACGGAGAUGGUCACAGUGUGCUUUAUGUGCGCUUCGUUUUCCUUUUAAAUGAGAGAUCUUUAGCAGCUGCAGGUACACGCUACUUUUCAGAGGUACGCUUUAAAACUUCGUCAACGAUUUUUAUUUGUCAAGAAUGCGUUUUUAAUUUUAUUAAGCAUGAAUAAUAAAUACCUGUCCAAUCUCCUUCUUCGUUGUUAUUUUCUGCAGUUUAUAGUUUCACUCUUUCCAUAAUCUUUUAUGUGAAGGUUAACGAUUAUAAGGUGUUCGUUAAAAAAAACGAGCAUCUGAUGGGAAGAUUGAUUAUGAUAUAAAAUAGUCCCCUAAAAAAAGAACUGCAACCGAAUACUUGCUUCACAUUUCAGCUGGCAACAAAGAAAUCAGCUUCCAUAUAUAGAGGUGAUUAUAUCCCUUUGCAUAAAAAAACAUACGGACUUGCUAUAUAAAAUGUUCCCUAUAAAAGAUUGACCCUGUUACAAGCUGCGGAUUGAUUUAUACUUUAUUGUUGUAUUUUGAAUCACGUGAGGAGCCUAUCCAAUGGUGAGGAAGUGCGUCUGCACCAUAUUAGCAGACUGUACUUGUCGCGGCGGUAAGUUGUUACAUUGAAAUCUGCUCUUUCAUAUUUUCAGAGGGGCUUGCGGUGUCAUUGCCGAGAAUGUCGACAUCAGGGACUAUCAGCAAUUAUUAUGUCGACUCCCUUAUCAUGCAUGAGAACGAGGAGCUGCUGUCGUCCAGAUAUGCCUCGGGUCCACUGGCUCAGUCUUCCAGACAGACAGCUCUUGCUGAGCACCCCGACUUCUCCCCAUGUAACUUCCAGUCCAAAGCCACUGUGUUCAGCACCUCCUGGAGCCCAGUUCAUGCGCAGAGCUCUGCCAGCAUGCCCACUGUUUAUCACCCGUACAUGCACCAGGCGCCCAUUGCCGCCGCGCCCGAUGGUAGGUACAUGCGCUCCUGGCUAGAGCCCAUGCCGGGAACCCUGUCUUUCACUGGGUUACCUUCCAGCAGACACUACGGCAUCAAGCCCGAGCCUGUAGCGGCUCGCAGGAGUGACUGCACCACGUUUGAAACACACACGUUAGCCCUCUCAGAUUAUACUUGUGGACCUUCUCCUGUCGACAAACGUGUGAGCGAGGUUUCCUUCACUGAAAAUAAUGGAGAGAUUGAGUCAAACGCAGAUAAGCUCCAUAUGGAUCCAAAUAACCCUUCCGCCAACUGGCUGCAUGCAAGAUCUACAAGAAAGAAACGUUGCCCCUACACCAAGCAUCAGACCUUGGAGCUGGAGAAGGAAUUCUUGUUUAACAUGUACCUCACACGAGACCGCAGAUAUGAAGUCGCAAGGGUCCUUAACCUCACCGAACGGCAAGUUAAAAUCUGGUUUCAGAACAGGAGGAUGAAGAUGAAAAAAAUCAACAAGGAACGACCGAAAGACGACCGGUGACACGAAUUAGAAUAUUUCUGUGUGCGAGAGAGAGAGAAAAAAGACUAAAUCACAAUUACAAUCGAGUUAGGCCCUGCUUCAGAAAGACUACGUGUACAUUUUGUCAUCCCAUUAGCACAAUUUAUUCCUUUGCCCGUUCUGGACUGCAUUUGGUGGGUAAAAGACUGAUACACUUGUUAGUUGGGAACCAAAGAGGGAGACAUUUACGGCAAGGUUAAGUAUGUGGCUACGGAAUCUACCUUACUUCACAUGAAAACUACCUUUUCUUAAUCCACCACUAUUCAGUGUGGACAGUAAUUCAGUAAUACUGUACUCGUUUAAUAUUUACUUGUUUUACAUGCAGCAAACGAGGCUGCUUAUAUACUUGAAUCCUUGUGUCUGUUGUCGUGAUUAUCCCUGUGACUGGGCCUUUGUGCUUGGGCGGUGUCCGAGUAAAGAUCGUGUAAACAAAAAGAAAGAAAAAUCUCAAUUUAACUCAGGAUGUUUAAUAUAAAGAGAACAGGCUGUGUAGUGCAUAUGAAAUGUUAUUUUCGUGGUGAACUUGGAACAUACAUUGUAUUAUUUUCACUGUGAAUGAACCUGUAGAAACUCCAGGCUUUCGCUGUCUUUGUGAGACUGAGUAACGGCCUUGCCCGGGGUGCAUGACGAUUGUGUUGUUCUUCAGAAAUUAUAUGAAACUGAUUUGCAUAGAAUGCUAAUAUAAGUUGUAUUUCAAAGAGCAGCGCUGAGCAUAAUGCUACACGAUACUCUUGUCUGUUGUGAGAAAAGCACGAAUAAAGUUCUCAGACACUUUGUAUUUAUCGGUGUUGUGGUGCAAAGAAAAGUGUAAGAUUUGGUUUAAAACUACCUAUAUGUAUAACUAGUAACUACCUAUGUUUUGUGUGUAAGUGUCGCCCUUAAAAUUGUUUUGACACAUUUAUGCGAUGGAAUAAAUAAACAAGCAACAUUGUCAAUAAAUGUAAUGUGUACAAGUAAAAUGCCUGGGUGCAAUAGAAGGAACAUAUACCACCAAUGUGUUUUAAAUGGGGAGGGGGUUGUCUUUAAACCUGUAGAGCAACACAUUUACACUUGUGUACACGUUUGAAAUGAUUACCUCGUGUCAUAUUGACCAAACUAUACUGUUUGUAAUGAAAUGUCAUUUUAUUUGUUGUCUAAUAAAAUAUAUGUUUG